CGUGAACAUCAUUGUCAAAAACAAUCAGUGUAACUUGUAAGUCACGAAGAUGCAGCUAAUCCGGCAAGUUGUAUACGUUCUACUAUAUCUACAUUUCUCCUCUCGUGAUGUUUCCACGCACGACAUUGACAUGUUAUCAGAAGAAUAUAUGAGCGGUACAAAUGAUUUCACAACAAUCAGUAACUGGAAAUGUGAGUCCGAUAAUGAAUGUACAGUGACGAACAGUACGUGCAGGGAUAAUGAGUGUCAGUGCGCACCUGGAUACAUCUAUAAUUCCAACAUGACAUCAUGUGUCAGAGUUGCUACCGGCCUGCUUGAUCCGUGCGAGGACUCGUUCCAGUGCUCGGCUUAUCUUUCCAAUGGCGGUGAAUGCGUUGACAAUAUUUGCGUAUGCGGCCCCGGCUAUUACUACCUACACGGUAGAUGCAAUCAAUACGUAGGCCUGUUCGAGAAGUGCAAAGAAAAUAUCGACUGCUACGUGAAUGCCGAUUUCGAGGCGAGCACUUGCAAUGCAACGGAGAAAAUUUGCGAGUGUAGCCCCGGCUUUUAUCAGCGCGAGUAUCGCACUUGUCGACGAGAGGGAAAAGCCGUCGGUAACGAAUGCACGAUAGACAUCGAUUGUACUUUCAAGAAUGCGAUCUGCAAGGAUUUCGUUUGCGUUGAAAAAUCCGAAUCCAAGGAAACUAAUGAAUUUUCGAGCGAUAUCGUAUUGACAGCUGAUUCAAACGAGUCCACAGGCGAGCAAAUUCGAGUGGGCAGCAAUUGCACGAGCGACGAGGACUGUAGUGAACUGGGAAACGCCGUAUGUGAUCUUACUGGGGCAUGCCGUUGUGUCCGCACGUAUUUCGCACCUGACGCGGACGCCAAGUGUAUACCAGAGCUGGGAGAAUCCUGUCGCAGCGACGACGUAGGUAGCAUAGAGAAAUCCAUCUGCCGAGCAGGUAUAUGGAGUUGCACGAAUGGCACGGUCGCAUCCAGAGAUAAUCACGAGUGCCGCAAGGCGACCACGGAAUACAAUGGACAAUGUUACGAGAAGGAGGAUUGUUACAUCUUCGGCCCGGACGCCGAGUGCAACGAAAAUCAGUGCGUAUGCAACGCGACUUAUUCUCACUAUGUGGAAAGCGAGCUCUUUUGCUGGGGAAACAGGGGGAUCGACGAGACUUGUAUCCAGAACUACGACUGCUACGUCGAAGGUUUCGUGAACGAGUUGCUCUGCAAAGACAAUAAAUGCGGCUGUCCCGAUGACACGCACAUGAACAAGAACGAGACAGCCUGUAUUAAAAACGUGGCAGGAAUCGGGGACAUUUGCGAAGUAAACGAGGACUGUAAGACAACAAACACGAUUUGCAAUGAAAAUGUGUGCGAUUGUCAAGAAAAUUAUUAUCCGUCAAAAAAACGUGAAGAGUGUUUGGCAGGUCUCAAUUCCACCUGCGAGAUGGACAAACAAUGCAUACCGGCAGACUCCGUGUGCAUUUCAAAAGUAUGUUCUUGUAAACAGGACUACGUGCCCGUAUCUAUUGAUACGUGUCUACCAACAUUGCCGUAUGGUGAGUCUUGUUCGCAAAAUAUUCAAUGUUCUGUCAUCGUACCGGGUGCGAUCUGUGCGGCUGUCAAACAAGACAGUGGAAAUAAGAUUUGUACUUGCGACGAAAAGGACCACUAUAGAUUCGGGAGAUGUUUUAAGAAGAAAAUGCUCAGCGAGACUUGCACGAAUAUCGGCGAGUGUUACUUAAAUUUCAACGCGGAUACAGUGAUGUGUAUGAACGGGGAAUGCACGUGCAAUUGGGGCUACAUGAAAUGGAACAAUAGUGUCUGCUUGAAAGAUAAGCGAACCCUACAUUUUCUCAACGAUGGUGUCAUCAAAAUGAUGUCCACAGGAUUACUUCUGGUCAUGCUCCUCCUUACCUCUUGUGAUAUUUUUUAAAUUUUGCAAUAUAUUCGUUCCAACAUAAAAGAUAUUCUAUAAUAAGAAAAAAUAUGGUCACAAAUUUCUAUGACGUCAAGCAUAAUGUUAUUGUUUUUAUUACUCGUAAAUAAAUUUAUUUAAUUUCUUUA